AUGAGUGCCCCAAAAACGGGAAGCUUGAAGUUGAACACUGAUGGAGCUUGUUUGGGUAUUUGGAUGUUGGGAUUUACUGCUCAUUUGGGUAUUUGCACUGGUGUGGCCGCUGAGCUUCACGCGAUAAGGAUCGGGUUGUCAAUUACGUGGGAGCAUGGAUAUAGGACCAUUGAAUGUGAAAUGAAUGCUCGAGUGGUUCUACAAUUAAUAGAACAUGGAGAUGGCACCUUACAUCCUCUGGGAGUAAUUAUAGAGGACAUUCAGACUUCUGUGCUGAUAACCGAUAUCCUCUCAAAAAUGGGCUGUCCUUUGGACGAGGGGCCGGUCAUUUUCGAGUAUCCGCCGAGUGAAGUCUCAACCUUUUUGGAUGCUGAUUAUAGAGGAGUUUCCUUCCUUAGAGGUUUAACUGUGAGCUAG